AUUAGGGUUCCUUACAAAAAGACAAACUAAAUGUUUAUAGUUAUUCAUGUGUAAACAAAAAUAUAUGUUUCGAGUUGACCCAAUUUAAGAUGUAGCAGUAUUAAUAAGUUUUUAUAUGUGAUGUGAACUGUUCAUUAGCCUCGCAGCAAGACACAUUCAGUCAUUUUAAAACAUAUUUAUUCAGGCAGCUUCGUGGGCUACUGUGACAGACAGCGUUUACAUGCUGGCAUUGUCGUACGUUCGUUUGUUGAAAGUCAACUACGGUUGUCUAUUUGUGAAAAUAUUUAACGCUAAACCUUCUGUCUCCGAGGAAAUAGUACAAGCAAUAUAGCGACGAGAAUGGCAGUAAUAUCACAGUUCAAUUGGCUGCUAUUUCACAAUGCUUCUAUCUGUCGUCUUCUUUUGUGGCUGUAUUAGCUACGCCAACAUAGCCAUCUCCCACAUAGCUAUGGAUGCUGUGUAGCGGCCGUUUAAUAAGAGCUUAAUAAUAAUACUCUGUUUAUUUUCUUCUACAAUGGUGGUCGAGGUAGAAAGCUUUUUUGGUGUGUACUUGCUUUACUGCACAAAUCCUAAAUUCAAAGGCCGUAUUUACAUUGGCUUCACUGUGAACCCUGAGCGGCGGAUCGGGCAGCACAACGCUGGCCGGCACAGAGGGGGAGCCAAGAGGACCAGUGGAAGAGGACCAUGGGAGAUGGUACUGAUUAUACAUGGCUUUCCCUCUGAUAUUGCUGCCCUGAGGUUUGAAUGGGCUUGGCAACACCCUCACUCCUCCAAGCGACUCUCCCAUGUCUCUCGGCGCUCCAGAAAAGAGUCAAGCCUGCAGUUCCACUGGCGUGUCCUCUCCAACAUGUUACGGGUGGCGCCGUGGAACAGACUGCCGCUGACGGCCCGCUGGCUCAAACAGGAGUACAGGAUGGACUUUGAGCCCAGUCUGCAGCCGCCCCUGCACAUCCCCAUUGCUUUCGGCAGUGUGAGAGCCAAGAAGACACAGCUGCUGCAGUCUGCAGGAGAGGAGGAGGUGUUAUCCAGGUGUUUUCUCUGUAAAGGCUUGGUCAAGGUGUCAGAAAAGCUGAGCUGUUUCCAGCCGUUCUGUGGAAUGAGCAGUCAUGUGAUCUGCCUUGCCAAACAUUUCCUGAGGUCAGAGCCAUCCCAGCUCCUGCCUGUGGAGGGAGAAUGUCCGGCCUGUCAUCACUCAGUGCUGUGGGGGAGUCUCAUCCGUCAUAAACACGGCUGCUUUGGAGACCUGGAGGAGAUCAGACCAUCUGCAUCCCAAAGCCACUGGGCAGAUGAACUGCAGACAUGAAAAAGUGGAGUCUGCAAAAAUGAACUUGAAUGAACUGUGGUGCCACAUGGUGCUGUCAGAGUAUUAUGUAGAGUAUGUGUAAUGGGAUAAGCCUUUUCAAACGGAAGAGGACUGUACAGUAACUUUAAAGCAGACAAAGGUCCAGCAUUUCGCAGGAUCCUAACGCUGGCUAUGUUUCAUUUAUAUCAAUCUGAUCAUGGAGCAUUUUUUAACUACGUCUUCUUAAGUAUGUGUUUAAUGUAUUCAAUAUUUGUGGUGGGAAAAAAACACCUCAAUGAAUUGUGUGACAAAUUGUGUGACAGUUUUAUGUAUGGUGUAUGAAGUGUCUGUCAUAGGUAUAAACUACUCAGUUGAAACAAGGUCAAACUGAAUGUCAAGUACUGUUCUGUCAUUUGCAUUUGUGUGCACUGAAUGCAAACAAAUUAUGUAGUUACAGUAAAUACAGGUGUGUUUCUGACUGAUGCCAGAAUGCCAUUGACAAAAAAGUCAAUUAUUGGAUAAUGGACUGUGGAUGAUCUUAUGAACUUGUUAGUUUAAGGUAGUAGGUAGAGGGAGACUAACAAGUCUAGUAACAUUUACUACCUUAAAUGUUACAAGUACAGGAUGUAUAGUAGCUAAAUUGUCUAAUGUUCCUGCGUCAUUCCGUGAUUGGUCCCUGUCAGUAAACUUGAAUCCCCUGACUAACCCACUGUUGGACUUUCUAAAUACAGUAAAACCACGUGUCACCUUCAUUACUCACAGGUGAGACUAUUCAUCUUCUUAUGUGACUUGUAGGAACAGUUGGCCGCACCAAUGAUAAUUCUGAUUUGUUAUAGUGAGGGAAGCAAAAAUUGAUGCAAUCAGGUAAUCUCCUCUCAAAUCUCUACUAACUGAUGUUUUUUAGAUCAAUUAGCAGAGAUGUGUUUUGCAUGAGACCAGGAUACAAUACAGUAUAUAAACUGAUAAAGGCUGAAUGGUGUACAGUGAAGAGGGAUAAUAACGGGGUCGCUGUAAGGUAUAUAUGUGACAGUCUUGUCAUACGGUACAGCAAACUGAAACCACACCUGCUAAAGCCACUGUCUUUCACGGAGAAUAGCAACAACUGCAAAACUUCUUUACAUUUGUUAUC